AUGGCUCAAAACUCCGCCUCCCAGAUCCCCACUGGGGACUCUACUACCCCCGCUGCCCAGCAACCGCAAGCCCAGGCUGGACAAGAUGCCCCAGCCGUUCCCAAGGUGAAGACCGAGAAGGAGCUGGUUAUCAUCCUAGUUGAGCGCGAGCGCAAGAAGGCUGAAAAGGCGAAGAAGUUCGCGGAGAAGAAGGCUAAGGCUGCUACUGCCCAACCUGCUGCUCCCAAGGCUGAGAAGAAGGCCAACAAGGUGGAGAAGGAGAAGACCACCGACGCCUAUGACCCUAAGACCAUCGAAGAGGGCCGCCUCGAUUGGUGGGAAGAGCGUGAUCUCUUCAAGCCUGAAUGGGGUCCUGACGGCAACGUCAAGCCCGAGGGCUCCUUCGUCAUCCCCAUUCCUCCCCCGAACGUUACCGGUUCCCUGCACAUGGGUCACGCCUUGACCAAUGCCCUCCAAGAUACGAUGAUUCGUUGGCAACGCAUGAAGGGUAAGACCACCCUGUGGCUUCCUGGAAUGGACCACGCUGGUAUUUCGACCCAGAGUGUUGUCGAGAAGAUGCUUUGGAAGAAGGAGAAGAAGACUCGUCACGACGUCGGUCGCGAGGCCAUGACCAAGUUAAUUUGGGAUUGGAAGGAUCAAUACCACAGCAACAUUAAGAACUCCCUGCGAAGACUUGGUGGUUCUUUCGACUGGUCUCGCGAGGCGUUCACCAUGGACCCUAACCUGUCCGCCGCUGUGACUGAGACUUUCGUUCGUCUCCACGAGGAGGGCAUCAUCUACCGUGCCAACCGUCUGGUUAACUGGUGUGUUGCCUUGAACACCUCGCUUUCUAACCUUGAGGUCGAUAACAAGGAAAUCGAGGGCCGUACCCUCCUCGAUGUGCCCGGCUAUGAGAAGAAGGUCGAGUUCGGUGUCUUGACCCACUUCUGCUAUGAGAUUGAUGGCACUGCAGAGCGCAUUGAAAUUGCUACUACCCGUCCGGAAACCAUGAACGCACGCCACCCCUUCAUUGAUCGUCUGAUGCCUAUCGUCGCCGACGAUGGUGUGGACCCCGAGUUCGGUACUGGAGCUGUUAAGAUUACUCCCGCCCACGAUUUCAACGAUUUCAACCGUGGAAAGCAGCACAACUUGGAAUUCAUUUCUGUUAUGAACGAUGACGGUACCUUCAACAAGAACGCUGGUCCUUACGAAGGCAUGAAGCGCUUUGAUGCCCGUUACCAGGUUAUCAACGACCUGAAGGAGAAGGGCCUGUACGUGAAGUGGGAGCACAACCCUAUGAAGGUUCCCCGUUGCUCCAAGUCCAACGAUGUUAUUGAGCCCAUUCUUAAGCCUCAAUGGUGGAUGAAGAUGGAGAGCCUCGUUGGUCCUGCCAUCAAGGCUGUUCAGGACGGUGAGAUCAUCAUUCGUCCCGAGAGCGCUGAAAAGAGCUACUUCCGAUGGAUGGAAAACCUGAACGACUGGUGCUUGUCCCGUCAGCUGUGGUGGGGUCACCAGGCCCCUGCUUACUUUGUCAAGAUUGAGGGUGAGCAAAAUGAUGACAGUGAUGGCAACUCCUGGGUCACUGGGCGCACCGAGGAAGAUGCUCGCAAGAAGGCCGAGGCCAAGUUCCCCGGCAAGAAGUUUGAAUUGGUCCGCGAUCCCGAUGUUCUCGACACUUGGUUCUCUUCUGGCCUUUGGCCCUUCUCGACUCUGGGCUGGCCUCGUCAGACUCACGACUUCGAGCAACUCUACCCCACUUCCGUCCUGGAGACUGGUUGGGAUAUUCUCUUCUUCUGGGUCGCACGUAUGAUCAUGCUUGGUAUUAAGUUGACCGGCAAGGUUCCCUUCAAGGAGGUGUACUGUCACUCCCUGAUCCGAGACUCUGAGGGUCGUAAGAUGUCCAAGUCUCUGGGUAACGUGGUUGACCCUCUUGAUGUCAUGGAGGGUAUUCAGCUGCAAACUCUUCACGAUAAGCUCUUGCUUGGUAACCUUGCAGACAAGGAGGUUGCUACUGCUACCAAGUACCAGAAGAAGGCAUUCCCUAAGGGUAUUCCUGAGUGUGGUGCUGAUGCCCUGCGCUUUGCCCUUGUUUCUUACACUACUGGUGGUGGCGAUAUUGCCUUCGAUGUCCAGGUUAUUUUUGGAUACCGCCGUUUCUGUAACAAGAUUUACCAGGCCACCAAGUUCGUCCUUGGUAAGCUGGGCGAAGACUUCAAGCCCCAGGCUAAGGUUACCAAGACUGGCAAGGAGUCUUUGUCUGAGCGCUGGAUUCUGCACAAGCUCAACUCUGCCGCCAAGGAAGUGAACGAGUUGCUGGAGAAGCGUGACUUCUCUAACACUGCCAACCUCAUCUACCAAUACUGGUACUCCCAGUUGUGCGAUGUCUUCAUCGAGAACUCUAAGUAUCUGUUGGCAGAGGAUGCCUCACCCGAGACUCAGGAGUCUGCCAAGCAGACCCUGUACACCGCUCUCGAGGGAGCUCUCACUCUGAUUCACCCGAUCAUGCCUUUCGUCACUGAGCACUUGUGGCAGCGUCUGCCCCGCCGUCCCGAAGAUAAGACAAUCUCUAUCAUGACUGCCAAGUUCCCCGAGUACCAGGCUGAGUUCGACGACUCCACUGCUGAGACUGCCUAUGAGCUCAUUUUGAACACCUCUAAGGCUAUCCGUUCUAUCCUGGCUCAGUACGAUGUCAAGACCAAGGGCGACAUCAUCAUUCAGACCUACGAUGCUACUAGCCAGCAGACCAUCUCUGAGCAGAUGACUAGCAUCAAGUCUCUUGGUGGUAAGACCCUGGGUGAGUUGUCUCAGCUUGGUCCCGAGAACACCAACCCACCUUCGGGCUGCGUUGUGGCUACUGUCGGUUCCGAGGCUGCUGUCUACCUGCGCGUGUCUAAGGAGGUUGCUUUGGAGCAGGAGGAGAAGGCCAAGGCUGCUCUUGAACGGGCUCGUGAGACCGCCCGCAGAUCUCAGAAUGUCAUGAGCGCUCCUUCAUGGAAGGACAAGGUCAAGGCUGAGGUUCGUGAGCAGGAGGAGAAGCGUCUCCGUGAUGCUGAGAGCGAAGCUGCUCGCCUGGAGGAGCAGAUCAAGGAGUUCGAGAAGCUUCGCCUGGAGUAA